GUCUUUUGAAAUCCGCUACUUCUUUACAACGAAGAAAAGGUAAACUGCUAGAGAGAGGAAAAAGACCAAAAGAGUCGACACAGGCUAGAGAGAGAAACCAAAGGAUCUAAACUGUAGAGGACGAAGAAGAUGAUAAACCAAAUCUCUUUAGGAAGCUGAAGAAGCUAACGGAGCUUGAUUAGGUGUCGAGCGGCGUGCAUUUAGAGGAUUACUGUCUGGGUUUUAACUUGGAGGGUAUAUUAAUCUAAUUCAUGGUUGGAAAAGUUCACAUAGUUUGAAGCUAUCUGUCAGUCCAGUAAAUGUCAUUCCGCAGCAUAGUUCGUGACGUCAGGGAUAGCAUUGGAAGCUUGUCAAGGCGUAGCUUCGAAGUGAGGCUUCCGGGUCUUCACAGGGCAAAGUCCCAUGGCACGUUGCACGAAACGAAUGAUCAUCCGGUAAUUGUCCAAAACAGCCGUUGGGCAAGUCUGCCUCCCGAACUGCUUCGGGAUGUGAUAAAAAGGUUGGAGGAAAGCGAGAGCACUUGGCCUGCUCGCAAGCACGUCGUGGCUUGUGCUGCUGUUUGCAGGUCUUGGAGAGAUAUGUGUAAGGAAAUCGUCAAGAGUCCUGAGUUCUCUGGGAAGAUCACCUUUCCGGUUUCAUUGAAACAGCCAGGUGCUAGGGAUGGAACAAUACAGUGUUUCAUCAAGAGGGACAAGUCUAAUUUAACCUAUCAUCUUUACCUUUGUCUUAGUCCGGCUCUACUUGUUGAAAAUGGCAAGUUUCUGCUGUCUGCAAAACGCACCCGAAGAACUACUUACACAGAGUACGUGAUAUCCAUGCACGCAGACAACAUCUCGAGAUCAAGCAGCACUUACAUAGGCAAACUAAGGUCUAAUUUCCUAGGAACCAAGUUCAUAAUUUAUGACACUCAGCCUCCAUACAACAACUCUCAGCUCUCACCACCGGGCCGGAGUCGGAGGUUCUAUUCCAAGAAAGUCUCUCCCAAAGUCCCGACAGGAAGUUACAGCAUUGCCCAUAUCAGCUACGAGCUAAACGUGCUUGGCACUCGCGGGCCACGCAGGAUGCAUUGCAUCAUGCACUCUAUCCCAGCCUCGGCUCUGGAACCUGGAGGCAGUGUCCCAGGCCAACCCGAGCUUCUCCCUCGUGCUCUGGAUGAAUCCUUCCGCAGCAUUGGGUCAUCAAAGAUAAUCGAUCACUCGGUAGAGUUCAGCAGUACACGGUUCUCUGACAUAGUCGGACCUCAGGGCGGGGAAGACGAGAACGAAGGAAAAGAAAGGCCUUUGGUACUUAAGAAUAAACCUCCAAGGUGGCACGAGCAACUUCAGUGUUGGUGCCUGAACUUCAGGGGGCGAGUGACGGUUGCUUCGGUGAAGAAUUUCCAGCUGAUCGCUGCCACGACUCAGCCAGCAGCAGGAGCCCCGACUCCGGCGGUGCAGCCGGGACAAUCCGACCACGACAAGAUCAUAUUACAGUUUGGGAAAGUGGGCAAGGACAUGUUCACCAUGGACUAUCGUUAUCCACUCUCUGCUUUUCAAGCUUUUGCAAUUUGCUUGAGUAGCUUCGACACGAAAUUGGCAUGUGAAUAAAAAAAAAAAACAAUGACUACAACUCGGGGGAUGGAAGAAAAAAACAUGAGUAACAAGAAAAUGUGAUUAGAGUUUAGGAACUGUUGGUUGUAUUGUAAUGCUGUUUGUGUUUUUUUUUUCUUUUUCUUCUUAUUUUUGUUGAAAUGUUGGUUUUGUUUGACUUUUA